CACAAAAUUUAGAUUUAAGAAAUAUAUCCAAAAAUAGUGUAAAAUUUAGAAAUAGUCUUGGAAAGUACCUGCUACAAAUCUGUUACACUUAGCAUAUUUAAGAAAAAUUUAAAUUUCUGGAAGCAUAAAAUUAACUCCUAUGUAUAUUUCUUAACCUUUAUUCAUUAUCAAUAUCAAUCAAGCGAAAUGAAUUUGAAACGAUCGAAAUUUCUAACUAAAAUACAAUAUUUGCGAAAAAUUUCAAAAGAAAAGGUACGUCGACAAAAUGUCGCUCGGUUCGCUGUAGAGUUAAACGAUGUUUUACAUGAAAAACAUGGAAUCAUUCAAAUAAGCGAUCUAGAUCAGUGUAGAAUAACUAGUACUCACCAAAUUGAUCCCGACAAGGAUGUGGUAGAAGAAGAGAAGCCCAUAGAUAUUGAUGGAAACGGACUAAUACAGCUUAACAAUGUUUGUUUUCAUUUGAAAUGUACACCACAAAAGCCACCACAUAAAGAGGAAGGGCCUACGAUAUCGAGUGUUAAAGCCAGUAUAUGUGUAUCGAAUUCGCGAUAUCAUGUAAUAAGCAGAGCUGCAAAACAAAUAGGUUAUAAAGUAGUUAGAGAAGAUAAACUUUGGAAUGUAAUUUGGAUGGAUUCUGUACCAGGCGUAGAAGUUUAUAAAAGCAUGAAACGCUUCCAACAAAUCAAUCAUUUUCCGGGUAUGAUGGAAAUUUGUCGUAAAGAUUUACUAUCACGCAAUUUAAAUCGCAUGUUGAAACUUUUUCCUACUGAUUAUAAGAUAUUUCCAAAAAGUUGGAUUUUUCCAGCAGAUUAUGGGGAAGCCAUGAACUUUGCUUUAAGUCAUAAACCGCGAACCUUUAUUAUAAAGCCAGAUUGUGGUGCUCAAGGACGCGGCAUUUGGCUAACAAAUGAUUUAAAAAAUGUAAAUCCAAUAGAACGUAUGAUUUGCCAAACAUAUAUAACCAGGCCACUCCUAAUUGAUGGUUAUAAAUUUGACUUACGCAUAUAUACAUUAAUUACAUCGGUAGAUCCAUUGCGUAUAUUUGUCUAUAAUGAAGGUUUAGCGAGGUUUGCUACAAAUAAAUAUGUGGAACCAUGUGCUGAUAACAGCACCGAUCUCUUCAUGCAUCUCACAAAUUAUUCGGUCAACAGACGUAGUACACAGUAUGAGCUUUGUGAUGAUGAUGAUUGCGGUAGCAAACGUAACUUCAGUGCAAUAAACAGUUGGUUAUUGCGUAACAAUCACAGCGUCGAAAUUUUCUGGAAUAAUAUAGAUGAUAUUAUUAUAAAGACGGUGCUUACUGCUUGGCCGAUGUUAAAACAUAAUUAUCACGCCUGCUUUCCGUCUCACGAUAAGAUUCAAGGAUGUUUUGAAAUACUCGGGUUUGAUGUGUUAGUUGACUCCAAAUUGAAACCGUUCAUUUUGGAAGUAAACUCCUCACCAAGCUUCCAUACGCAUGAAGAAGUCGACAAGCAAGUAAAAAGAGCUUUAAUUCGUGAUACAUUAACACUCAUUGGCACUGUAUUGGCGGAUAAGAAAAAAAUUAUACGUGAGGAUAGAAAACGAGUAAAGCAGCGAUUAUUGAAAAAAAGGCAUGAGAAUGAAACUGCAAGAGGUGCUACUGCUUUAGUUGAAAAAAAACCUCCAGAGAAUACGGGCUGUCCAUUAAGCAUGUUAGCGCAGCAAAUAGCUUGGGAAGAGAGUCAUUUGGGAAAUUUUCGUCGUAUUAUGCCACCACAAGACACCGAUAGAGUAAAUUAUUACUGUAAAUUUUAUGCAUUGGAAAACCAGUCUUCUAUUUAUGCUGAAACUAUGGCGAGUAAAAAACGCGAAGAAGAUGCUAAAAAACUACGCCAUAAACUAGAGGAGAAACGUCAAAAAGAAUUAGACAAAUUAAGUAACAUGGAGCGCAUGAAAAUGAAAAGAGAGGAUCGACGUAGAAAAACAGUGAUGCUAUCUCGUACGGCAAAAGAAAGACAACGCUUGAAUCGGUUCAAAAUAGAAGCUCAAUGGAAACCAGGAUUCAUAUCCGAUGCAGAGGAACGAUUACGCGACACUUGGAUGAGUAUGCGUACGGAAAUGUUAAGAACCAUGAAAAUUGUCCCAUAUGUAUAUUGUGUUUUAUACAAGUCUGGAAAUCUUACGCGCACCGAUAUAUUGAAUUAUCCUGACCUUUACAAAUCUCUAGAACAUGGCAUUGAUGUAUUAUCUGACCCGCAGUAUAUGUUGGAUUAAGUAAUAUCGAUAGUUAUAUUUAGUUGAAAUUUCAAAAAUACAUAAAAUUAAACGUAUUUUAA